AUGGCUGAGUAUCUUGCUCAAGUGGGCACCAUGCCAGCUGAGUUCAUGGUUUUUGCAGAAGCCUCAACCGACCUAAGGGACGUGCUCCUUCUGGACAACGAAGCUACCAGCAAACCAAACACUCAAAUGCUAAGCGAUACUCGGUACUUCCAGGCAUCUCGCUCUAUGGUGUUCUAG